AAAAUAUAAGUUACAAACCGUACCAAUUGAGGAAGACACUCGAGUUAUAUAUACAAUUAUACAUAUGUCUUGUCACAAUUCAGUACCGCUUGAGCUGCGAAUAGUGAUGCACGGUGUUUUAAUGUGAGAGCAAAAUAAAUGUGAAUGAGAAUUGUUUUUUUAGUGUAAUCGUGAGAAUUUUUUGUUCUAUUAUUUAUUGUAAAUUUUAAUAUGAAGUACAAAAUAAUCACCAGUAUUUUUUUACUAAGUCUGUUGAUAUCGGGUGAGGCCCUAAGGAUUUUAGUAUGUUAUCCUAUGACUUCCAAGAGCCACAGCAUUCUGGGCCAUGGCAUCGUCAAUCGACUGCUGGAAGCUGGACAUGAGGUAGUUCAUAUAACAUCGUUUCCAAAUGGCAAAGUGCUGCCAAAUCUCACUGAAGUCAAUGUAUCAUCUAUAGCAGAAGUAUUUACGAAGGAUGUUGAUGGAGUGGAACAAUUCAAACUGAAAAACCUAAUUGGAAAAGGUAACUUUGGGGACUCCGCCCUAUUUAUGUAUUACGUCUAUAUAAUACAUAGAAACUUCCUGGAGGAGCCCAGUGUAGUCAAGUUGUUCAGUGACCCUAAAGAGAAGUUUGAUGCUGUUGUCCUGGAGUGGUUCUUCACUGAGAUGAAUGCUGGCAUUCCAGCACUGUUCAACUGCCCUCUUAUCUGGGUAUGUUCGACGGAGCCCCAUUGGCAAUCCAUGAGAGUGAUGGACGGGAUUACUAACCCAGCCUACACUCUAGACAUAUUUACCCACAAUAAGCUACCUUUGAAUUUCUGGCAACGAGCUGAAGGACUGUGGAAGGUUGUGAAGAAAGCUGUUCAGGUGCUGAUUCUCAACCAGUUUGAAAAAAGGUCUUACUAUUCCAUAUACCCUGAGAUCGCAGCCAAGCGAGGUGUGACAAUGCCGUCAUAUGAGGAGGCGGUAUACAACGGAUCCUUCAUGCUGAUUAACGCUCAUCCUUCUAUUGGAGGGGCCAUAAAAUUGCCUCAAAACUCUGCAAAUAUUGCUGGUUACCACAUUGACAAAGUCAAACCUUUGCCGAAGGAUCUCCAAAAAAUAAUGGACGAAGCGAAAAACGGUGUCAUUUACUUCAGCAUGGGAUCUAUCGUUCAAAGUGAUGGAAUGUCUGAACAGAUGCAGAAGUCUAUUCUGAACAUGUUCAGUAAAUAUAAACAGACGGUUAUCUGGAAAUUCGAGAGUGACAUGAAGGAUAACAUACCUUCCAACGUUCAUCUUGUUAAAUGGGCUCCACAGCAAAGCAUAUUAGCUCAUCCGAACCUCAAACUGUUCAUCACCCAUGGUGGUCAGCUCUCCACAUCAGAAGCCAUACAUUACGGAAUACCCUUAGUUGGUAUCCCUGUGAUGGCAGACCAGGUACUCAACAUGAUCUCCGUGGAGAACAAGGGUUUUGGAAUCAAGGUCACCCUAUCUGAAGAUAUGAUACCAGAACUUGAUGCAGCUAUCAAAAAAGUACUGACCGAUGACGCAUAUAGAAAAAAAGCCAAAGAAAUAUCAGCUCUGUUCCAUGACCGUGUGAUGACACCAGGCGCAGCAGUCCCAUAUUGGAUAGAAUACGUUGUGCGGACACGUGGUGCACCCCAUCUCCGAUCACCUGCUCUCGAUGUCCCACUUUAUCAAAAGCUUUACUUAGAUCUAGCAACAUUUAUAGUUGUAGUUGUGAUUGUACUCAAAAAGGCUGUGAAAUAUGUAAUGAAAAAGAGGAGUAAUAAAAAAGAGAAGAGCCAAUUAAGACGUAUAAAACGAGUCAAAAUGAAGUGUAUAUUAAUACUACAUUUAGUAUAUUUGUUGUAUAAUGUAGAUGGUCUAAAAGUAUUGGUUUGUUUUCCUUUACCCGUGAAAAGUAUUAGUAUAUUAGGACAAAGUGUAGUUCGGUAUUUGAUGGACGCUGGACAUGAGGUAACAUACAUAACAGUGUACCCGUUGAAGAACCUACCAACUAAAAAUUUACGUCAAAUUGAUAUUAGCAGCAACACUGCUUUAGUCGCAGAUGCGCAAAUACUUUCAUUAGCAUAUAUUCUGGACAAUAAACUGGAAAACAGUUCACCACGUGAUAUUCAAAUAUUCAGUCAAAAAAUCGCAAAAAAUACUCUUAGCCAUGUAAACGUGACACAACUCUUGGAAGAUCAAAGUGAGCACUUCGAGGUUGUUAUAGCGGAUUUAUUAGAGACUGAAUUAUAUGCUGGAUUAGCAGUUGUAUACAAAUGUCCUAUGAUAUGGAUCCACUCUAUGGGGGCAAACUGGCAAGUACUGAAAUUGAUAGAUGUUGCUACGAACCCUGCUUAUGAUCCAAACUACUUAUCAUCAAACAUAAAUCCAUUAUCAUUCGCACAAAGAGUCGAAGAACUAUGGACACGAAUACAGUGGCAAUUUUUCAAAACGUUCUUCACUCAACCAGAGGAGCGCAAGAUUUAUGAGACCGUCUUUGGUCCUUUACUGGCUAAACGUGGAAGGAUGCUUCCAAAUUAUGAACAUAUCAUAUAUAAUGCGUCGCUGAUAUUUGCAAAUGAACAUGACGCUGCACUCAACAGACCAAGUAUUCCACAAAACUUUAAAUUCAUCGGUGGACUUCAUAUUGAGGAACCUAUUAGGCCACUGGAAAAUGACAUCCAACGCCUCAUAGAUAACUCGGUGCACGGCGUCAUAUAUUUCAGUAUGGGAUCAUUUUUGAAAAGUAAUUCUAUGCCAUCAAAUCUAAUUAACGUCAUUCUUCAAAUGUUCGGAGAACUUGAACAAACCGUUAUUUGGAAAUUUGAAGGUAACGAUUUAGAAGACAUCCCAAAUAACGUUCACAUUGUAAACUGGGCUCCCCAACAAAGGAUUUUAGCUCAUCCGAAUGUCAAAAUAUUCAUCACACAUGGAGGCCUAUUCUCUUCCAUAGAAGCUAUCCACUUUGGAGUACCAAUCAUAGGAAUACCAGUACGUUUCGACCAGAAUACUAAUGUCAAUAAGGCAGUGCUUAAUGGAUAUGCUUUGAAAGUGACACUGUCUUACGAUCUUCCUAAAGACUUGAAGGCUGCAAUUAAUGUCAUGUUAAAUGACGAUCGUUACACCAAAAAAGCCAAAGAGCUAUCCUCUUUCUACCACGACAGUUUGCUGAAGCCAAGUGAUGCUCUCGUUUACUGGGUGGAACAUGUAGUGCGCACACGCGGUGCCGUUCACCUGCGCUCUCCAGCCCUCCACGUGCCUUUAUACCAACGUCUUUACCUCGAUCUCUUAGCUAUAGCUCUGACUAUUGUAUCUGUAUUAAUUUUCCUAAUAAGUACACUAUAUAGGAACAAAACCGCCAAAUUACAUGACCGGAAGAAAAUUAGCUGA